GCCUCAGGACACCAAGAUGCCUGGCGAACAGCAGGCAGAGGAGGAGGAGGAGGAAGAGAUGCAGGAGGAGAUGGUGCUGCUGGUGAAGAGUGAGGAGGAUGAGGGUGAGGAGAAGUAUGAAGUGGUGAAACUCAAGAUCCCCAUGGACAACAAGGAGGUCCCGGGCGAGGCGCCCGCGCCGUCCGCCGACCCGGCGCGUCCCCAUGCGUGCCCCGACUGCGGCCGCGCCUUCGCGCGCCGCUCCACGCUGGCCAAGCACGCGCGCACGCACACGGGCGAACGGCCCUUCGCGUGCACCGAGUGCGGGCGGCGCUUCUCGCAGAAGUCGGCGCUGACCAAACACGGCCGCACGCACACAGGCGAGCGGCCCUACGAGUGUCCCGAGUGCGACAAGCGCUUCUCGGCCGCCUCGAACCUGCGGCAGCACCGGCGGCGGCACACGGGCGAGAAGCCGUACGCAUGCGCGCACUGCGGCCGCCGCUUCGCGCAGAGCUCCAACUACGCACAGCACCUGCGCGUGCACACGGGCGAGAAGCCGUACGCAUGCGCGCACUGCGGCCGCCGCUUCGCGCAGAGCUCCAACUACGCACAGCACCUGCGCGUGCACACGGGCGAGAAGCCGUACGCGUGCCCGGACUGCGGACGCGCCUUCGGCGGCAGCUCGUGCCUGGCGCGUCACCGACGCACGCACACGGGCGAGCGGCCAUACGCAUGCGCCGACUGCGGCACGCGCUUCGCCCAGAGCUCGGCGCUGGCCAAGCACCGGCGCGUGCACACGGGCGAGAAGCCGCACCGCUGCGCUGUGUGUGGCCGUCGCUUCGGCCACCGCUCCAACCUGGCGGAGCAUGCGCGCACGCACACAGGCGAGCGGCCUUACCCCUGCGCCGAGUGCGGCCGCCGAUUCCGCCUAAGCUCGCACUUCAUUCGCCACCGACGCGCGCACAUGCGGCGCCGCCUGUAUAUCUGCGCCGGCUGCGGCAGGGACUUCAAGCUGCCCCCUGGCGCCACGGCCGCCACUGCCACCGAGCGCUGCCCGGAGUGCGAGGGUAGCUGAGCCCCGCAGGGCUGCGGAGGGGCGCCCUGGGGCUUCGACCUGGCUGCACUAACCCGGGCUCCUUCUGCGCCGGCCUCCAGGUCUGGAAAAUUGAGGGGACUGCAGGCCCGGCUGCCCUGGAACUGGAAGACAGGGAGAAUCCCCUGCCGGGGUCCCUGGAAACAGUGCCCAUCCUCCAUCACUACAUUCCCUUGGCCCGUGUUAGUGAAUAAAGUAUUAUAUCCUCACCCCA